UCGGAGGCAGCCGGAGCGAGCGUGCCCCCUCCGCCCAAUGGGCUCUCGGAGCAGCCGCUCGCCUCAGUGAAGCGCCCCAGGCGGGAAGCGAACCUGUGGAGCAGCGAUCGGCCAGCAGGAUGGCUUGCACAGUUUCUACAGUUGGUGUUCUUCUUCUGUUUGGACUUCUGCUACCCACAGCAGAGGGGAAUAAGAGAAACCGUGGAUCACAAGGAGCCAUUCCACCGCCUGACAAGGAUCAGCCGAAUAAUUCUGAACAGACGCAACAGCCGCCACUCCCACCGCCCCAACCAGGCUCCAGACCCCGUGGAAAACAAAAAGCCAAAACCUCUGAAGAGGUGCUGGAGUCCAGCCAAGAGGCUCUGCACGUCACAGAGCGAAAGUACCUGAAACGGGACUGGUGUAAAACUCAGCCACUCAAGCAAACCAUUCACGAGGAAGGCUGCAACAGCCAAACCAUCAUCAACAGAUUCUGUUAUGGCCAGUGCAAUUCCUUCUACAUCCCGAGGCAUGUUCGCAGAGAGGAAGGCUCCUUCCAGUCCUGUUCCUUCUGCAAACCUAAGAAAUUCACCACCAUGUCAAUUACACUAAACUGCCCAGAGCUGCAGCCCCCAAGGAAGAAAAAGAGGAUCACCAGAGUGAAAGAAUGCCGCUGUAUAUCCAUAGACUUGGACUAGAAGGUGCUGUGUAGGAUAGGCACCAUCUGCUGCCCUUACCACCUUGAAUACAGAUGCCAGACCUGCUUAUAUACAUCUGAUGGAACACAAACCAAACAGAAUCACAACAGACAAUGCAUGCUAUCUGUGUGGGAGUGUGAGCUUCAACUAUGAAGGCACAUGUUUGGGGUCAUACCAUCACUUGAAAUGCAAGUUGUCACUUACACCUUUAGUCCUAUUCCUAGGUUCAGUAUCUCACUAAUUCACCUGUGUGCUGGGGUUUGUGCACUUGUGAUUUGCCUCUUUCACCACAAUCUAUGCCAUUGACUCUCAUGAUUUUCAAUAUUGGUUGUUAAAGGGGCAUUAAUGUAUUUUUGAUUUAGAGUUACUUUGUAAACCUUCCUUCCUCAGCCUGGUGUCUACCAGAUGUGAAUGACUGGGGGUGAUGGGAUUUGUAGUCCAGCCCAUCUGGAGGGUGUCAGUUUAGGGGAGGCUAUUCUAAUGGAAAUGAUUAAAAGGGAUGCAGAAGUAGACUGCUGCAGAAACAGCCAUUGCGGGUAGAACUUUGUAAAUGGUGUAGUAAAGAAUGGAAAUUAACAUGAUGAAUUUUAUUUGGAUAGAAGACACAUCCAUAGCUUAGAGUUAAAAGGAAGAGGGAUACAAAAAAGUAACAGGCAAGAGAAGGUCAAAGAAAGGAAGAGAACUUAAAGGAUAUAGAAAAGGCAUUUCUGAAGGAAUAGUAUUUAUCAUAGGCUGUGAUAUUCUUUGAACUAAUCAUAACUGUUAAAUUACACCAUUGUGCUUUUUAGGGUGGCUGAUGUCCUGAAUCAGUAAUACUUGUAAACAACCAAUAUAUGUGUGAAUGAAUAUAUAGACCCUUUCUAUACAGCCUGUCCAAAGCAAAACGCUAAAAAAGGCAUUGUGAUUCCACAUGCAAUAGACAUACAUUCUCUUUCUUGAGGGGUGGGGAAAGCUUUAUCAGUACCCAUCCAUUUCCCCAGCUAAUUUGUUGUUAGAGAUCUGGAUUUGCAGUGAACUGAGGUGAUGGCUAUUUUUUAAGUGCUGCAUGGCUUAAGGGCGUUAAAGCCCUUAAGCCAUGCAGUUCCUGUGUACCUUGGCUUGCUGCAUUUCCUGGUGGUCAUUACAACUCACACUAAUGAGAAAGGAGGCACUGUUUGUAUAUAAUUGAGAUUCUUGUGAACACAGAGGCCAUGCCUGCCAGGGUGUGUGACCAGCAGCAUGGGCACAUCCACUAACUCAACAUUCGUUCCUUAAACUGUUGAGGAGUUUGCUUCGACACCCUUUUAAAUAGCCCAUGCAAAUAUGUGCCAUUUAUGAACAGCACGUGAGGAAUUUUUUUCUUUGUUGGAAUUAACUACCUAGACAUUUUUAGGAGAGCCAAGUGUCUUCUAGAAGCAUUCAUCCUGUGCAUUAGUACUUCCUGGGUCUUUUCCAUUACAGGGUAAAAGAACAUGGAUCUGCAAGGGGAAAAAUGUUUCCAAGUAGAAUGGAAAUUUUAGUCAGAGUCUGAAGGAGAACAAUGGGAUAGCACAGGAGCCUGCAAGCCUCCAAAUGAUAUCGGACUACAGUCAUGGCCAGUGGUAAGGGAUGAUGGGAACUGUAAGCCAACAACAUCUGGGGGGCUGCGGAUUAUCCAUCGCUGGCAUAGAGGAUGGGUACCAUUAACUCAUAUUAACAUUUUGUUUUAGUAGGAGCAAGGUUAGCUUUACUUUGCAUGCAGGAUUCACCCUGGGUGAUUGAUUUAUGAGAUGUUCUCACGACUCCAUUAUGUUUUAUGCAGAUACUGUGCUGCUUUCCAUGCUGUCCGGAUUUUGCAUGAGCAAUCACUUAUUCCAUUGUUGUCUAUAAGUACUGGAACCACAGCUGGCCACCCUAUAGUAAAUCUUUAACAUCUGCACAGCUUGUACUGUCAAUGACCAUGGACAACUGCCUGAUUGUGCAUUCAGGUGUAUUUGCAGGAGGCUAUCUUUCUGAAUACUAUUAACUGUUCCUGAUUCAUCCUGCCAGAAAAAUGCACAUAUGCUCCUAUUACAGUACAAAUGCUUAUCUGUACAGUGAAAACCAAGACCAUUACAGUGAGAGGACCACCAAGUAACAUGUUGGCUGAAUUAGCACAUAGAUUGAAGCCACUCUUGUUUACAGGCAACAGCUAUCAAACAAGUAUCCUGCCAUUACUUACUUUCUCUUAAGUGGCCCCAUGCACUACAAGAGGAGGAUACAACUUUCCUUUCAUAAACCAUCCCCCGUUCAUCCAGUUAAUUAAUGUCAGAACAAGCAGUAUGAUCUAUAGCCAUAUACCCAUCAGCAUCACAAAAGCACCUUUCUGUGUACAAAUUUCUCCUGUUGGAUUGGGGUGGAUGUAUUUUCUGUUCACUUUGUGACUUCAUCUAUACCACUAACAGAUUUCAAAUUUGUCCAUUCAUAUUAUCCAGAUUUCUCACUGCACCAUUUUAUCUAGGUGUUUAUCAGAUUUCAUUUCUUGCUAGGUUGAUUUUAAAAGCCUGAUUUCUAAGUUACAGGAAAUAAUUUCCACUGUGUGGAAUGUGAAUAGUUAAGCAGAAAGAUAUUUAAAGGUAUUGUCAUUUUCAUUAGAUCUGAAUGGUUUCCUCUAACUAUUUCUGACAGGUAUUUAGGAGAAAACAUUCCUUCUCUUUUUGAACUGUUGGGAACUUUAUGUUGGUUCUUGCCUCUCUUCCUGUAUUUGAUACACAGCACACAACUGUAUAGUUUUCUGUUCAAGUUGCUUUUGGAGCAAGGCUUGUAAAGUAAUUAAGGUAUAUAAUAAUAAUAAGUGGUUGUGCAAAUAUCAAAGAACCUUCAAACAAACAAAAAGCCCCUGUGGAUUUUAUAUAAAGACCCUUUAUUAAUGGUUUUCUUGAAAGUAAAACAAUCUGUCAUGCAGAGAAUUCAAAUCAAAUCAUAUGUAUUUAACUCUGACCUUUUCUUUAAAUGAAAGAACCAAAGCAGUUACGUUUUUCAGUAAUGUUAUAUGACAUUAUGUAGAAUGUCAUAAUGGAAACAUUGGUUUAAAAAGAAAAACUUAAUUGUGUUGCUUCUCAACAGUUUGUAUGUCCAUGUACUUAACACAACUAAGUAAUAAAUCUUCCAGCCUACCA